UUAGGCAAAAAAUUACUUAGGCAAGUAAGAAAACAAAUAACAGAUGCAUAUCAAUAGAAAGAAAACAAGUGUACAUUCUAUCAUGCGUAGAACGAUCAUUCACCAGAACAUCGAAAGACAUUCCAUUCAAUUACAUCAUUUUUUAUCUAAUUUUUAUCUACGUAUAAAAAUAUUUUUUUAUAUAUAAAAGAAGAGACCUUCCCAUUCAUUUCAUACAGUUUUUUGUUAACCUCUGAAGAAGAAUUCGAAACCGGUCAGGUUAAUAAAAAGGAAAAAAACAAAUCACUUCUCGUUGUUAUUGUCUCACAACCGUUCAACUGCUACAAAAAAUACAUAGUCGAUACGUCGGUGCGACGAAUAAUUAAAGAAUUAAAUUUAAAGCCAUUUAAACUAAGAAAAGCUCAAAAAUUAUCAACAAUAAACAAAGAGCAACGUGUUGCUUGUGCGAAACAAUUAAUCAAAAAAGUCAGUGCAAGAAAAACUAAUUCGAAAUGGGAGUGGAGUAGAAUUAUAAAUACUGAUUUUUCAGGAAUAUUUACAAUUGAAGGUUUUUACAAUAGUAAAAAUGAUGUGGUGUACGCCGAAGAUUCAUCUGAAAUUUCUGCUGAUUUAAGAGCUGCAUCGAGGUCAAAAUAUCCAGCUGGUAUUAUGUUUUGGGGUGGAAUUUGUACGAAAGGGUUAAUACCUCAAAAUGGUCCAGUAAAUUUCACUCAAUGGUUACGAGAUCAACGCUCAAAUAAUAAUCCUAAAAGGUUGUACAUGACUGGUGAAUUAUAUGCUAGAUUUUUAGAUGAAGGUGUUCCAGCAAUUGCUGAAGUAGUAGAAGAUUCAAAUGAAUUUAUAUUUCAAGAUGAUCAAGACUCGAAACAUCGAACUAAAGUCGCUAUGGAUGUUAUUUAUGAUCGUUUUGAAGAAAGAAUCGAACCAAAUGAUGGAGAUGCAAAAUUUGCAGAUGUA